CGCGAGGCCGCGCGGAACGGAGUGAACCGCGCCCAGAAUUACUUCGAAGGGGUCUUCACGCAACGCGUAGAGGACAUGUGGCGGCAGUGCCAGGACAAGUACCAUAACCUUGCGGAGAGCACGAUGGCGCACGGCCACGCGGAGCUGUUAAGGACCGAGGCCCGCAUCGGCGGCGAGCACCAGGCGACGGCGGCACGGCUCCGGCUGGAGUCAGAGGAGCUCGCCAGCAUGGAGCGGCGCGCGGCAAAGGCGGCGAGGUCGAGCGAAAGGUCUUUCCACCUCGCCUCGGUCAGGGAGGAAAGGCACGUCGAGUUCGUCGAAUCAGUGGCGAGCGAUCGAGAACGAGCGCUUCGCAGCGAACUGGCGGACCACGACCGCGCUCUCCAGCAGGAGCUCCGCGAUCAUGACUCGCGGCGGCGCUCCGAGGUACACCAUGCCAGCGAGCAGGCGACCGCGGCGGCUCAGCAGGCGGCCAACCAUGCGGCCAUCGUGACCCGCGACGCGACGCAGCGCGAGGUCAUGAACGCAGAGGACGAGGCGAUCGUCGAGAUGCAGGACGCGCAGUCCGAACUCCACAGGUGGAGGGCCGAGGCAGAGGCCUGCCCCGACCAGUUGAACCAGGCUGCACUCCGACAUCGGCAUCCUCCAGCGCCGAUCGCAGCCCAGUGGCAGCCGCCGCCUCGUCUGGUGACAGCACCGCCACAGUCGCUGGGGGCAGCCGCCCCAGGCCUUCCACGGGCCAGAGGGUUUCUGGCUGGUGUGGCGGAGUCUCGCGCGACCGUCGCCAUGCCGCCGAUGCCUGGGCCGCCCCUGGCGAUGCGGCCCAGGGCCGAGCCUCCGACCGGCGCGGUGCCAGUAGCUAUUGUGGGCGCCUCCACUCCGCAGCGGGAUUGCAGAGCUGCCGGCCGGGCCGGCGUCGACACGCAGUCAACCGAGGAGUCUUCGUGCGAGGAACUCACCCGCAAGCGGGCGGUGGUGGGGCCCAUCGACUUGGGUUCGCCACCCGAGCCUGCUGGAUUUCGCAGUUGGCUUGCGGACGUGCGCACUAAGUGCACGGCGGCGUCGAACAGGUCACAGCAGCGCAAGAUCAGGUACAUCAAGGGCGCGGAGGGCUGCGCCGACCCAGCAGCGCUGCUGAUCGCGCCGAGGAAGUGUCAACCGCUCGACGCCGAGCUCUUCUCCGCAGUGAUGCGGUACUCAGCGGGAGAGCUCAAGCGCAAGCUGACGACGUCCUGGGAGCAGUGCUACAAGCAAGGAACCGCUACUCAGGUUGACCUCGCGGCGUUGAUGAAGCACGAGUUCCAGGGCGACCUCAGCCUGUGCCUCGACGGCCUCGACGCCAUACUUGAGUGUCUUCGACUUCCACCUGGCGAAGCUCUUCAUGCUGGUGCCAUGCCGCAGCUGCAGAAAUUCAAGCUUUUGGCAUUGGAUUUCGAGCUCUGCGAUCGCGCCGACGAGGGCUCGACGGACAAGACCGUGCAGUUCCUGCACGACAGGGCCAGGGACUACGUCAGGCGCAAGGAGAUGCAGGACGUCGUGGACUCCCUCCUGAAGCCAGCGCCCAGAGUAACGCCAGUGAGGCCGAAGGGCGCCGGCAAAGGUGACAAGGUCGUCGAAGGCGCUGGCGACGCCACCUACCAAGCCGAAGGCUGCAAGGCCAAGGCGAAAGCUGAGGCCGGUGCCAAGGCCAAGCCAGCGCCGAAGGCCAAGACUUCGGCAGAGCAGCCCCAGGAGCGCAUUCCAGCACUGCGCCACCACGUCAAGAGGGGCAAAAUUUGCAGGCACGGCAAGGACUGCAUCUUCAGGCACUACUCCACCCCGCCGACCAAAGGCGACACCGAGGCGAUUGAGCCCGGUACCCUCGCAAAGAUGCCAACGGGCGCCACGGGGUCUGGAGCCGCCGCAGACACGCCCAAGAAACAGAUGAUCCGCAAUAUCCAGGCGUCUGUGCACGACGAGUGGGCGCUCGACACGGCAGCUGCCCUCGACGUAGCCGACCCCAGGGUCGUCGCUUCCAAGGGCAAGUCGGAUGUCGCCACCGCCCUGCGGUCGGCGGGGGGGGCCGUCGACUCGAGCGAGACCGCCACUAUUGACCUCGCGCCCAUCGGCGAAACAAUCACGGCGCAUGUCUUCCCAGACGCGCCCAAUGCUCUGGCCAUCGGCUUCUAUCGGUUGCCCUACGCGGACAAACCGUCCUUCAUAUCGCCGUCCGGGGCGCCUUGCGAGGUCGAGAUGGACGAGAAUUUCGCGCCGUUCUUUCGCAGUCGACGGCCUGGGCGAGGACGAAACGCGAUCGCAGUGGCAGCUGCGGCGCUCUCGCCGGCCACGCCCGACCUCGAGCGGCGGCAGGAGAGCGUCGUCGACAUCGAGCCCAGCAUCCAACCGAUACCAGAGGAGCCCGACGCAGCAGACAGUUCCGAGCGGACUCUCCUGGCAGACGUCCGGAGGGUGUUGGACAUGGCCGACGGGAAGGAGCACGACGCAGUGGCCGACGUCAUCGCCAACGAUUCCAAGUUCGAGGUCACGCAGGUGGACGCCAAGAGCAUGCACCUGCCCCGCUUGAAGGGGUGCCCGGUUUGUGACGACGCGAAGCACCUGAAUAAGCAUGAGCUCCGGCGCUCGGAGCCCAUGGUGCGCGUAGCUGGCCAGGAUGCCGUCCACAAGCCUUUCGGGGCCAUGAUGCACAUCGAUUGGCUGGAGAUCCGCCGUGGCGCUCAGGCCUUCAAGACGGCGCAGCGCGCGCUGAUGUUUACGGAUGACCUCACCAUGUUCUUCGGCGUUGGGCCGUCGAAUUCCAAAGAAGCCAGCGCGGCGCUGGAGCUGAUCCAUCGGCGCGACGAGGUACCUCUUGCCAUUCGGAGGGCGGAAAGGACGAAUCGGACAGCGUCGGAGGGCGCGAAGGCCUUGCUCAUCCAGUCUGGCCUGGACGAGGCGUGGUGGGCGAUGGCACUGCUCUUGUGGAUCGCCAUGUGGAACGGGUUCAUGGUCGGGAAGGACGGCGCGACCCCUUACUUCAGGAGGCACGGGGCGCACGCACCGCACAAGCAGUACGCCUUCGGCGCCCUAGUGCUGUUCCACCUGCACAGGCCAGCGCCGCAGCAAGGAGCGAAACCGCAGCAUGACAAGCUGCAGUCCUGGCUCGUGCCCGCCGUGCUGAUCGAGGUCACCGCCGGGCCAGGGGAGCGGUGGGCAUCCAGCAACGGAGUCAUCCCUCUGUCGAGGUUUACCUCGGAGAGUCGCGUCUCCAAGGUUGCCAUCCGACGGGCGAUCGACGUGGUGUUCCCGGAGAGCCGCGUAGACAAGACCUCACCGACGCCCCACGUCGCGGACGACAGCGGCUCAUGGGAGAUCCUGGAGGAGAGGGGCGACGUCGACGCGGAGGCGGAGUUGUUCGACGGGGCGUGGAAGGAGAACGCCGCCAAUUUCGAUUGGAACGUGCCUCUAGGCCACGUACUGGCUCUCGAGCCAGAUACCCACGGCGUCGAGGUGCAGCAUGAGGUCGUUGCGCCGGCAGGCGACUUCCAGCCAGUAGAGGCCGACGCGGUGGAGGCGAGGAAGGCCGUCGACGACAUCCAGCCUGAGAUCGCGAUCGUAGACGGAAGAACCGCUCCCCCUGGUUGGAGGAUCGACAGGUUCGGGCACAGCGACAGAAUCCGCCUGGCGCACGUGCCGCCAUGGUCACGACGCCCGCCAACAUGCGAGCUCGAGGUGUGGGUUGGCGUCGGGCGAGCUGCUCAGGGGCGAGUCGAUGCUCCCGGCUUCGCGGCGCAGGAGGCCAGAAGGUCUGCUCGGCUACAGGCCAAGCGAAGAGGCGCGGUCGCACGGGCCACUCCCCUGGCAGCAGUCGCGAGAGGUAUAACUCCGAUUGCCGAGUGCCCCAGGCCGCCAGGGAGCGACUUGGAGAGGGCCACCGCGACCCUCGAGCUGAGCGAUCCGAUUCCUCAGCCAGCGUGCCCUGCGAUGGCGCUGCGCCCGUCAGCGACGCACCUCGCCCAGCAGGCUCGCAGCUUGAUCAUCACGGGCGACUGCCGUUUCCUAUUGUUGCAAGUGGGGUGCUCCGCGGACGGCGAGCUCUGCGCGGCCGUCCAGGAGCAGCGCCUUGCGGUGCGCAUCACCGCCAG